AUGUCUUCCCUAGGACUGAAAAGAGUCUCACUCGGUGAGGCUGCCGUCCUAGGAAGCCUGUACGAUGCACGGACCGACUCUUUUCAACCACUUUCAUUGCUGAGCCGCCAGCUUCCCGAGACUGCAGUCACUAGCGAGGCGCGUCCAUCGUCUCGAUUCAGUGUUGUCGAGAGUUCUGAUCUCAAAGACAAGUUUAACGCUGUUGGAGUGCACUCUUCUUUGGAAGCCAGCAUCCUUUCAGGACUAGUUGUUCCUUCGGGCUCGACAGGCGCUCUUCUCGACCGACAUGAGAGUAAUUUUAUAGUCCAAAUGUCCCUACAACAUGUCGUCACCACGUUUCUCGAGAAAAUCAACUUUACAAGCCCUGAACUGCAGCAGUGUAUCUCUCGAGAGAACAUACAGCAAAGCCAUGCCACACAUGUGGUGUCAGAGAUCACAUGGGGUAAUCGGAGCAUCCUAACAGCAAACUAUCAUAGAUCAGCAGGCGAAGAUAGGAAUACGGUGAAAGAACUACUACGAAAGGAAUAUGCCAACAUUGAACAAAAAAUCUCUUCUCCUGGAACCCAGACUGCAGACUCGUCUCAAUCCCAUGACCUGACCAAUUCGCUUCAAGUUUAUCUACGCACAGACAUGUCAGGAAGCAAUCCACUAAAGACCGACCUCGAAGGAGCCUGCCAAUUCAUGCAAAAUGUACCAGAUCAGAUCUUGGACAUGGAUGGGGGCUGGGGACAGCCUAUCGUUUACACGCUCCUCCCAGUGCACUGGCUCUCACUGAUUUUGAAUUUCGAGCCCAGCGGAAUCAUGGUCAGUCAGCCGAACGAGGAUCUUCUUUCGGACUACAUGAAUAUGUUCGAAGAGAUCAGGAACGCUCAGCGGCGACUCAAGGAUUACUGGACCUAUCUUUCUCGUCGGCGUGCUCUUGUACCGGAGGAUCAUAUUCGCGAAGUCUCUGACUUCCUUGCUCGCGCCAAUCAAUCAGAGGGUGUGCUAAGGCAACAAUACGGCGUGGCUCUGCGCGAUUUUCGAAAUGGUCGGAUGGGCUCAAGACAGCUGGGGCAAGUCCUUGGUAGAUUCGUCAAGAGCCCCUAUUCUCCGGCCCAGCUUACUGCGGUUGCAGAUGUCUAUGCUCGAAAACUGGCUUUCAUCGACGAAACAACAAAGAAUGGAGCAGCCUUCUUUUCCAACGAAUGUUCGGUGCCGACACCUCGUGGCCAUGUGUAUACUCUUUAUUUCAGCCGCACCGCUAUGGAUGACAACGCAACUUGGGGGCCCAAUUCGCAACUUACUUUUCACAUACUUCAGAGUGGCACCACGCAAACGUCGGUUCGAAUUGUGGACUGUGACCAUAGCGGGCAGUCUCUCGAGAAGUCCCAUAUCGUGUACCAUCGCGACGGCAAGCUGAUCACAAACGACUUCCAGAAACUUCAAAACUUCCUCGCAGACAAAUGUUUGAUGCAUUUCGACGAUGCCCAUCUUGAUACGUGGGGAACCAAGAAACCAAUGGAUCGGAAGCCUGUCAAGCUAUCUUGUCCGGGACGAGGCUGUGUACCUCGAACAAAACGUCAGUGGAUCUGUUCUCGAUGUUACUCUGCCAUCGACUACGGCCGGCGAGAUCACUACCUGUACUGCGACUGUGGUCGGACAAAAUAUCGUUACUGGGGUUUCAGGUGCAACGCACAGCAGCAUGGACCAAACUUUGAGCGAUAUGAGGACCGUCAACUUUUGGCAAUGCUCGAUGCCAUGGACCCAUUUGAAGAAGUCAAUAUCUUGAUCCUGGGCGAGACAGGUGUCGGCAAAAGUACCUGGAUCAACGCAUUCGUAAAUUAUCUCACCCACGGCACUUUGCAAGAGGCGAUGGAUGCAAGUGAAAUAGAGCAUGUGAUUCCAUGUUCGUUUGCCACUCAGACGGUGGACGAAAACGACCCUCUGCAGAGACUGAUUCAAAGGAAGAUCAGGAUCGGGGCAAGAGACGAGUUUGAACAUGACGCCUCUGACGGCCAGUCGGCCACCCAGAAGGCCAUCACGUACCCUAUUUUCGUCAAUUCGGUCAUGGUGCGCUUGAUUGAUACCCCUGGUAUCGGCGAUACCAGAGGUCUGGACCAGGACAAAGCCAACAUGGCGGACAUCCUGUCAGUGCUGAGCAACUACAAGGAGCUGCACGGCAUUCUGAUACUCCUCAAGCCAAACAACUCUCGAUUGAACGUCAUGUUCGAGUUUUGUAUCAAGGAGUUGUUGACACAUUUGCAUCGAAAUGCUGCACGCAAUAUGGUGUUUGGUUUCACCAACACUCGUGGUUCGAAUUAUCAUCCUGGAGACACCUUCAUACCACUAGAGGCUGUGUUGAAACAAUUCCGCGACGUCAAUCUUGGGCUGUUUCGCGACACAGUCUAUUGCUUUGACUCGGAGAGCUUCCGCUACCUGGCUGCUCAUAAACAAAAUGUCAGCUUGGGCAGCUUCAACGAUUAUUGCCGGAGUUGGGAGCAGUCUGCUACCGAGUCUCGACGUUUGCUCAACUAUAUCCGCCAGUUGGAGCCUCAUCAAGUGGAGAAUACUCUCAGUCUGAAUGAGGCUCGACGCUUGAUCCUCCAGUUGACCAAGCCCAUGGCUGAGAUAGCACAAAAGAUCAACGAUACCAUCGAGUUGAACCAAAGAGACAACGAGCUGUUGCGGAACAGCAAAUUGAGCAAGGACGAAAUGCUGAAGAAAUUAGACGUGAAGCAAAACUCGGUGGUCUUCAGCCCAGUCACUCGCCCAAAGACCGUCUGUACCAAUGCGAGAUGCAUCAAAAAGGUUGAUACUCCAGGCCCCAAUGGAGAGGACACUGUACACAAAGUCCUCUGUCACAACCCUUGCUGUCUGACCAAUGUCCCGGUUGAAAAGGUGGGAACACCAGAGUUGGUCAGAUGCGCGGCAUUCGCCGGCUCACAGCACUGUAAAGGUUGCAGGCAUCAUUGGACAGAGCACAAGCAUAUCCUGUACGAACACAAGGAGACAAAAAGGACCAUCAAAGAUCCGAAAGUCGAGAUGUUGUUGCAAGAGAAUGCAAAGGUCACCACCAUCAUCGAGGCUGCAAUCAAGGCGAAAGAAGCCACGGUCGCAGAGUUCAAACGCGAACAUAAAGAGAUUCAAAAGGCGGCAGUGCAGUUUAGCUUGUGGCUCAAGCACCAUUCCAUUACCCCGUACAACGAUGCCACGCUCGAGUACCUGGACCAUCUCAUCAAAGAGGAGAAGUCCAAGGUAGCGAUCGGCGGCAAGAGGCAACGGCUCGAUGCUUUUCAGCAGUAUCGUCGCGAGUACAAGGAGCUUGUCGACCUCUUCGAAUCCAACGUGGACAAGGGCAGGAAUGAAGAGCUUUUGGACGCCAAGGGCGUCGACAAACUCGCGAAACGGCUGUAUUCGCUGAAGCAUUACGGUGCAGACCUCCGCAAGCUGCGCGAUGCCGUGGUCAUUGCGCACACCGCAUCGAUUCGCGAGAGACCAUACCGCGUCAACGCGAGGCCAGGGUUUAUGAUAUCCGCGAUUGCUCCAUCGUCUUUCCGGGCCUCGAUCAGAACUCGCCCCGCGCCAAGUACCACUACUACAUUGCCUGCCAUCAGCCGCGCGCAAGCACCGCCUAUGGCUGUGUCUGUGUCUGACGAGAAGCAAGUCGUGGGGAGUGCAAGCGGAAGCGGAGCGACCUCCCUGCCCGGCAGGAGACAUGUGAGCACGCCAGAGGCAGCCAUCUCGGGUGCUCCGCCAUCUUAUUUCGAGGCCGCCGUAACCCCAGCCUCCUGGGACUUGGAUGGGAGAAUGAAGAACAAACGCAAGACAGCUCGGUCGUUGAGCGGCAGGCUGACCGAGCGGAUGUCGUCCAUUUUUAGAUGA